GAAAGUCAAUAAUAUUCCUCUUUGCGACGGCAUUGCAUAUUUACUCACCGGAAGUGCAGUAGUCUUGCUUAUAAUCACAGCUGUGCUAUAAUAUACAUCACGAUCGUCGGGAUUUGUCUGUAUCCCCGCGCAAGUCUUGGUCACUCUCGUUCGCAUUCGCAUAUCGCUCAGCCUUUGCAUCUGGAUCUCUAAAUCGACAAGAUGCCUACCAUGUGGUUAUCGGAGAACCAGAAAGUCGGCGCUGUCUUUUGCUCGGCCGGCGGACUGUUUCUCUUUGGGGGAGUGCUAAUGUUCUUCGACCGUGCUCUACUCGCCAUGGGAAAUAUCCUCUUUCUAAUUGGUCUCUCCCUAAUAAUUGGACUUUCCAAAACCCUUGCCUUCUUCACCCGCCGCCAAAAGAUCAAAGGAACCAUCGCCUUUGCCUCCGGCAUCCUCCUCAUCCUCCUGCGCUGGCCGUUAACGGGUUUUCUAGUCGAAUUGUACGGCCUGUUUAUCCUGUUCGGCGACUUUUUAAUUACGAUUGGGCAGUUUGCGGGGAAUAUUCCGGUUGUGGGGCCUUAUAUUCGCAGGGGGUUGGAGGUUUUGGCGGGGGGUGCGAGGAGCAAUGCUGAAUUGCCGGUGUAGUUUUUUGGGGGCUGGGGAAUCGAGGGUGGUAUAAGAUAUAGGAAUAGGGGUGUAUUGAGGUGGGAUAGAUUGUAUUGUAUGUAUGCAUUGACACGGCCACUGAGCACCUGUGAUGUCGAUAUGGGUGUGGUGGAUUGCAUGAGAUGACGUGACGCAUGA